AUGGCUCUGGUCCCGUGGCCGGAGCUGGAGAGCGGCGACGGCUCGCCGGGCCCCACCACAGAAGAGGAGUGCGGCCACAACGGGAAGGAGGAGGACUCCGAGGGGCGUCACGGCGGCAAGGAGGAGCAGGAGGAGCAGGACCCGCUUCGCCGGCCCAAGGACUCGAGCGGCCACGGCGACUCGGACUUUGGGGACGGCCAAGAAGAUCCGCAGGAUUACUGUCCCGGCGGCUACCACCCCGUGCGGAAGGGGGACCUCUUCGACAGCCGCUACCACGUGGUCCGCAAACUCGGCUGGGGACACUUCUCCACCGUGUGGCUCUGCUGGGACACGCGGGCCAAGCGCUUCGUGGCGCUCAAGGUGGUGAAGAGCGCUCUGCACUACGCGCAGGCCGCUCAGGACGAGGUCAGCAUCCUGCAGCGGAUACGGGAGGCGGACUCCGAAGAUCCGUACCGGGAACGAGUCGUCGCUCUGCUCGACAACUUCAAAGUGUCCGGGCCGAACGGAAUCCACAUGUGCAUGGUGUUCGAGGCGUUGGGGCAGCAGCUGCUGCUGUGGAUCGUCAGGGCCAAUUACAGAGGCAUCCCCAUCCCCUGCGUCAAGACCAUCAUCCGCCAGGUGCUGCAGGCCCUGGAGUACCUGCACGCGCGCUGCGGGGUCAUCCACACGGACAUCAAGCCCGAGAACGUGCUGCUGUGCGUCGGGGACGACUACCUGCGCAGGCUGGCCGCUCACGCCACGGCAGGCCGGCGCACAGCUGUGCCGCAGCAGGAACCUCCGCGCAGGUGGAGGGAGCAAUCGUACGGCAGGAGGGAAGAGGAGGAGGAGGAGGAGAAACGCAGAGCGGCGAUGGCGGCGGCGUCGACGACGAGCGAAGGAGCCCCGCGACCCCAGCGACGACUCCGCCCGGCGAGGAGCGACGAGGAGGAGGAAGAAGGAGGAGCGAUGAGCAGCGGCGAUGAUAGCGAGGGAUGGGGAGCGACUGGAGGGGGCGAGGGUGGGCAGGAGGGCAUCGAGUUUGGGGAAGAAUGGGGGGGGGGAGCAGCGGGGAGGGAGGAGGGGGGACCGGUGACCUUGGAUGAACUCUCUACGCCAGCCACUCCGCUUCACGUCGUGCCGAGCGCUGCGGAUCUGCUGCCAGACAUCCUGGACCCGGCAAGCGCCGAACAUCUCCUCGUGAAGGUCGUCGACCUGGGCAACGCCUGCUGGGUGGACAAGCACUUCUCGGACGACAUCCAGACGCGGCAGUACCGCGCCCUGGAGGUCCUGCUGGGGGCCGAGUACGGAACGUCGGCCGACAUCUGGAGCACCGCCUGCAUGGCCUUCGAGUUGGCCACAGGAGGGUAUCUCUUUGAGCCGCACUCGGGGGAGGGAUACUCCAGAGACGAGGACCACAUAGCGCACAUCAUCGAGCUGCUGGGAAACCUCCCCAAGAGCUUUGCGAUGUCCGGGAGAUACUCUCGGGAAAUAUUCAACAGCAAAGGAGAGAUGAGGCACAUCGACGAGCUCACGCCGUGGGCGCUGCCCGACAUGCUGCUGGAGAAGUACGGCUGGAGCGCGGACGAGGCGAACGCCUUCGCUUCCUUCCUGCUGCCCAUGCUGGCGCCGAGGCCUUGGCGGAGAGCCACGGCCGCACAGAGCCUUGACCACGAAUGGCUGCAGCAGGCCUAGCGGGGCCCAGGCUAUAGCCCAUGCCAUCGUCAUGACGAUGAGCGGUGGCGGGGGCGGCCCUGUAUAGAUGGGGUGAGUGGACCUGGAGACACCAAGAGAGAGAUACGCAGAGAGAGAGACACACACACAGAGCCUGGGCCACUCCUGGCUGCAGCCGGCCUAGGCAAGGCCCACGCUGAGGCGAUCGUGGUCAAACCUAUGAUGGCUGCGCAGAUGGGAGUCGGGCGGGGCGAUGGGACAUGGAGACGUGGAGAGAGACAGAUGCCGAGAGACAAAGACAAAUCUUUUUGGGAUGCCUGAAGAUGCGGGGUCCCUGUGCACUUGUGGUGUAGAGCUAACUCUAGCCGUGGGCUCUAGGCCUGCCGGCUUCAGGCCUGGCGAGGGCCUGCCUACUGGCCCUCCAAGUAGAAUGGCUACAAACGCUCGUCAAACUGUUCUAAUCGGCGUGCAAUUUCUAACGCGCACAAUAUGCCACAGACAUAAAUGACCGUGGCUCUGAGGCGCGGAGUCGAGUCCAGUGUCUCGUGAAAACGGGGCGAAUCUAAGAGGCGGGGCCUUUAAGUGUCUGUGAAAUGCCUGUGUAGAUUGAGGGCUGUGAAUGUGACGCAGGAUGGCGUUCCAGACGGCAAGGCCUGCCACGGAGAGACGACAACUGGCAGUGACGGCCCUGAUCUUUGCAAUAGCGGGUAGGAGGCCGUGAGUCGCGCUCGCUGCUGCAGAGACUUCUGCCGUGUGCUGCGUUGCAGGGUGACGGUAGGGUGAGCGACGAAAGAUACUGUGGACGACCGAAAGCGGUGGCAGAGACAGCAGGUGAUCCUGUAGACGACCCUGUUGGCGAUGGUGGGAAGCCAGUGGAGGCAGGAGAUCUUGUAGCUGGCCCGUCUGGUGAUGGUCGGAGGCCAGUGGAGGAGGGAGUGGAGGCAGGAGAUCUUGUAGCUGGCCCUGCUGUUGAUGGUCGGAAGCCAGUGGAGGAGGGAGUGGAGGCAGGAGAUGUUGUAGCUGAACCUGCUGGUGAUGGUGGGAGGCCAGUGGAGGAGGGAGUGGAGGCAGGAGAUGUUGUAGCUGACCCUGCUGGUGAUGGUGAGAAGCCAGUGGAGGAGGGAGUGGAGGCAGGAGAUCUUGUAGCAGGUUAUGGAGGGAGGCGAGGGAAUUUCGCCGAUGAUGACAGGUGCAGAGGAUGUUUUGCAGCCGCUGUAGUUUCUUGAGGUUACUCGAUGAGAAAUAAAGACAGACGGAGAUUGCAACAGUCGGCCAUGCCACGGGCGAGGGUGUCGGCGAUGUGGGUGGUGAUGAGAGAACGUAAAUGACGGAGGGCCCUGAGGUCCUGGUUGCCACAUCUGAUGAUGUGGUUGGUGUAGUAAGUGAACAUGGAAGGAUAUGACACAGCUGAGAGUGACGUCGAGGAACGAGAUGGACAGUGGAGCCAGCAACUAAGA